CCUUCGAACUAGUGAAACAAAUUACCUGAAUGAGACCUUUUCCUUUUAUGCUGCUAUCAGAGCGAGAGGUUAUUACAGUAAAGCAAGUAAAGAAGAAAGGUCUGAUCUGAUGGUAAAGAAACUUCGAUAUUAUGCAAGGUUUAUUGUGGUUUGCCUUUUGCUCAAGAAAAUGAAGCUAGUGCGAGAUUUAGUGAGGGAAUUAGCCAAGCAAAUAGAUGAUUAUACAGCUACUUAUGAACCUGAAGAUCAAUUAGAAUGGUCACUUGUGCUAGGAGAAAUAAAAUCAUUUAUUGAGGCUGACAAUCUAGUAAAUAUUGUGGAUGUUGAUUCUACAUCUGUUGUACUUUCUCACCGUUUAAAUCCUUUAAAUAGUCCUCCUGUGGAAAAACUUCCCUCCAAUCAUUUAACUUUACAAGAAAUUCUAAUCAUGGGCAAUUGCUGUGACCAGGUGAAGUUUAGUGAACUUACAUUAGAUAUGUUUCGCAUGCUGCAAACUUUGGAAAGAGAACCUCAGGAAGAAACUACUCAACUUUUUGAUGCAUCUCCUGCUCCUGGAAGAAUUCCAUUUCAGCCAGACAAUGGAGAUCAAAGGCCAGCUAAGCGUGAAAAUCCUCAUAAAUAUCUACUUUAUAAGCCCAAUAUAAGUCAGUUGAUAGUUUUCUUGAGCUCCGGGUUCAAAGAAUUGCCUCCUAAUGGUGUGCUUCUUUUAUAUAUGUCAGCAGAUGGUUGUUUCACAAAUGUAAAACAUCCAGAUGAUGGUUAUGAUUAUGGUGGCAUUGCUACAAACAGUAAACGAGAGCCAGAUCAUAUCAGUAAAAGAAACGUUCAGCUAAAAGACAUUCACUG